AUGAUGGCUAUUGGUAUCAAAGCUUUUAUUCCAUUUUUAAAAAGAAAAAAAGUACCAACACAACAGCAGCACCAACCAGCUGAAAUUAAUAAUAUAAAUACUAUUAAUAAUAAUAAUAUAGAAAAUAACAAUAUAGAUAAUAGUAGUAUAGAUAACAAUAAUAGUAUAAAUAAUAAUAGUAUAAAUGACACCAUAGUUAAUAAUAUAAAUAGUAUAAAUAGUAUAAAUAGUAUAAAUAGUAAUGGUAAUAAUAUAAAUAUUUCAGUAUUAGAGACUGAAAAAUCAUUGGAAAAUUUGGUUUCAAAUAUUUCACCAACAAUUAGCUUAUCAAUAAAUUCAUCAUCAUCCACCCCAGAACAAAAUAUAGAUUCACCAUUUAUUAAUAAUAUUUCCCUAGAUCCAACAUUAAAUAAAUCUCAACAAAAUAGUAAUGAAAAUAGUAUAGUAUCUAAAUUAGAUUCAAUUGUAACAAAUAAUAAUAAUAAUAAUAGCCAACAAAUAGAUAAAAACAAUCAAAUGGAUUUUAAAGAUUUAGCAAUCGAAAAUGAUCAAAAUAGCAUAAAAGAAAUAAAAAAUAGCUUGAGCUUUGGUGAUAAAAUAGUGAUUGACUCAACAACUACUACCCAAGCAAUCAAUAAUGAUAAUAAUAGUAUUAAUAGUAACGAGAACAUCAGUUUUAAUGAAAAUAAUAAUAAAAACAGUAGCAGCAAAAUAUUAAAAAUUUUAAAUAAAAAACCAAGUGCGUCAACAAGUACACCAUUUUUUGAUAAAGAGUUGUUUAAAGUAGAGUUACCAAUAAUCAAUCCAGAGCUAUUUACCGAGGAUGAAAUUUUAGAUAUUAAUUCAAACUCCGUAGCCUCAGAAAUUUAUAGCGAAGAAAAGAAUGACCAACAUGAAGAGAUUUUUAAAAAUAAACAUAGUCAUAAUAGUAACAAUAAAAACAAUAAACAUCACCACCACCACCAUUUAAAUUUAGAUAUAAUCAAUUCCCUAGAAGAUGAAAAAAACUAUACUCAAAGAUAUAAAUAUUUAAAAAGAAAUGAAGAGGAAUUAAAUAAACCAGUUUAUAAAGAAGUUCAAGAUGAUAAUCCCUCAGAGCCAUUUCAUAAAUCAUUAGGAUAUAUUGUUUAUAAAGAGAAAUCAAGUGAACAAUUAAACGAAGAAGUCGAGUAUGAUAUGGAGAGCGAGGACGAACAAUGGUUACAAAAUUUCAAUAAAAACUCAUCAGUUCAAUAUGAUGAAGACGAUUUUGAAUUUGUUAUAGACAGAUUAGAAAAAGAAACAUUUGUAUAUAAACAAGAAAUGGGAGAUGACAAGUUUUUACAUUUUAGUUCAGUCGAGUCUGAUGAUGUUUGUGCAGUUUGUUUUGAUGGUACAUCAGACGACACUAAUCAAAUUGUUUAUUGCGAUGGUUGUGAUAUAGCAGUUCAUCAAGAUUGCUAUGGUAUUUUAUUAAUUCCAGAGGGCCAAUGGUUUUGUCAAAAGUGUGAAUCACCCGAAAAAAGUCAAAUCUCGUGUGAAAUAUGCGAUAAGAAAAGUGGAGCUUUUAAACAAACUAUAGAUGGUGAAUGGGUUCAUUUAGUUUGUGUUUAUAAAAUACCCGAAUUAAUAGCAAUAGUUAAAAAAGGUAGUGGUAGAGAUAAAUUAGGUCCAAGCGGAUUACUCAAAAAAAUACUAAAACAAAGAUAUAAAUUAACUUGCUCAGUAUGUAAAAAGAAGGUUGGUGCAUCAAUUCAAUGUAGAGAAAGAAAUUGUUCAAUUGCAUUUCAUCCAUUUUGUAUCAAAACUAAACAAAAGGCAUUUCGUGAUCAUAAUGGUGACGAUGAAGAGUACUCAAAUCCAAAUGUAAUUUUUUGUACAAAACAUUUUGAAAAAAAAAUAUUAAAUGGUCAAACUGUAAAGGAAAAAAUUGGCAUGGAUAUCUCAACUGAUGAGGAAUGUGUAUUACACUCAAGCGAUAGUGAUAGCGAUGAUUGCUAUGAAGAUGGUAGUGAUGUAAAUAGAAAUAAACAAAAAUCAACUCCAAAAAAAACUCCAUCCAAAUCAAAUGGCAAAGUUCUCACACCAAAGAAAACCCCAUCCAAAUCAAAUAGCAGAAAGAAAUCAAAUAGACAAGUCAUAGAUGACGACAGUGAUGACGAAAAUGAUUACAAUAAUAGUAGUCGUAAAGAAACUGUACACACCCAAAGGAAAAAGUCUAGAAAUACAGGUAUUACAGCAAAGAAUGCAGGUUUAAUUCCAGUUUCAAGGGCUAUCAAAAAGAUUGGUAUAUACCCAAGUGCAUUUAUACAGGGUGUUUAUUCCUACUGGGUAAAGAAGAGAAUAUCAAGAAGUGGAUUGGCCUUAAUUAAAAGACUUCAACCAUCAAACAUUUGUAGAUCACCAAGACACGAACCCGGUAUUAAUACAGUACAACAAUACAAUCAUUUAUUAAAUAUUCGUCAAGAUUUAGAAAGAUCUAGAACUAUUUUAGAGUUAGCUAGAAAGAGAGAGCGCCAAAAGAGAGAGUCUGUGUUAGUCUCCCGUGAUAUUAUCGAAGCAACACUACUUAAUAGCUACUUUUUUAUUCGUACAAUUUUAAAGACUUUAGAGUCCAUCGAAGUUUUAAGCCCAUUUAACCAACCAGUCACCGAGCAAGAGGCCCCAACCUAUCAUAGUAUUAUCAAACAACCAAUGUCAUUUCAGCAAAUGAAACUUAGAUUAAACAAAUACGAAUAUGAAAGCAAUGACGAAUUUUUUAAAGAUUUAAUAUUAAUUUAUACAAAUGCCCAACUAUUUAAUAAUUCAAAAACAUCAAUUUAUAAAGCCUCAAAAAUUUUACAAAAUAUAACUUAUAAAUUAGAACAUGAACUACCCGAUACAAUAAAAGUAGUUGAAUUACAUAACUUCAUUAAAUCCAACAUUAAUUUAAAUAAAAAUGUGACCAAUACAACUAAUACCGCCACAGCCGAUACAACCACAACUAAUACAACCACAAAUAACACAGCUACAAAAACAACAACAACAACAACAACAACGACGACAACAACAACAUCACCAACACCAACAAAAACAGAAAAGUCAAUAAAUCAUCAAACCAAUGGUCCAUCUAUUACGACAAGAUCAAAACAAACCAAUAUUAUUUUUGAAACUGGUCUAUAUACUGGAUUGGCUGCUCCAAAACAAAGUCAAACUAAGAAAAGAAGAGAACGUAGCGGUGAUAAUCAAAUUGAAGAAGAUAAUAAUAGUGAUAACAACUAUACUAAUAACGAUAAAGAUAGUGAUAAAGAUAGUGAUAAUACAACACAUCAAAAAAAGAAAAUUAAAACCGAUUCAACUCCCAAACAAGAUCUUCCAAAUAAGAAAAGAAAAGAACCUGAUGGUAAUGAUACUAAUAUUGAAGAAGAUACUGAUAGUGGCAGUGAUAGAGACCAAAUAAAGAAAAUCAAAACAGAAAUAACACCUAUUAAAGUUAGACAAAGAGAUAACUCGUUCCAAGAGUCAUUGAAAAGGGCUCUUUUUCAACCAAAUUUAAAAACAGAUAGUAACAAUAACAGUGAUAAAGAAAAUAGUGAUAAUGAUAAUAGUAACACCAAAAAUAAAAACAAUAAUAACACCAAUAGUAAUAAUAAAAACAAAUCAUUAACACCAACCAAACAAAAUAGUAAUAACAGUAACAAUAUAAAUAAAUCAUUAACACCAAGCAAAUCAAAAAGAAACCCAUAUAAUGAUGAACCAUCAAAAGGUAGAGCUUUAAGAGUACCUGAACCAUAUAAUAACUCACCAUCAAGAAAGAAAAGGGUACAAAUAGAAAUCGAUAGUGAGGAUGAAGAGGAAGGAAAAGACAAGGAAACUGAAGAAGAAAAUAGUUUCAAAGAGGAAAAUUAUAUAUAUGACGGUGAAAUGUCCCAAGCAAAAAGAGAUAGAGUUAUGAAAAUAGUUAAAAACAAAAUUAGACAAACCAAAGACCCCAAAGCAUCAUUACACGACAUGAAGUGGGACCACAAUAGAUAUGUAACAAGUGACGUACAAAAGCAAAUGCUUGAUAUUGUAAAUAAAUUAUCGAAAGCUUGUGAAGGAACAUCUAUGGAAAAGCAUGAUAGAGAUACUAGAGGUAAAGAAGCAAUUUGCUAUUUAGAACAUAUUGACUAUCGUAUUUAUAGAGAUCAAUAUUUAUGGGGCCCCGGUAAUAUUUGGAAAGAUUUACACAAAAUUACCAAUAGAACCAAAAAUAUCAAGACUAAAACUAUUCUCAAAACACAGGUUGGCAAAUAUGAAAAACAAUAUGCAGAAAAAUUGAACUCAAAAAGAAUGAUCAUUCAAAAAGAACAAUUCCUUCAAGCUCUAGCAGAAGAAGAAGGAAAUGUAGAGGGUGAAGACCAAGAAGAUGAAGACGAAGAAGACCAAGAAUAA